GUUUGUUUUUUGCUUUUAUUUUAAAUGAAACAUUCGUUCCAUUAGCUUCGGAAUUGGAAAUUGUGUAGUUUUGCUCUAAGAAAUUAAAACUUGAUCUAAAAUGUUUGUGAAAUUCUUCGGAGGUCUUGUCCUAUUGGGAUUCUUUUACAUCCAACUAGCUAAUUCAUUGGAAUGCUACAGUUGUGAUUCAAUGCAAGGCUGUAAAUCACCAGGGAAAAUAACUUGCAACUCAAACAAUUCCAAUCAAACAAACAGAUAUUUAACGCAGCAUUUCAAUCAAAAUUUGACUAAUGUAACUUCAUCAAAUUUCAAGUGCGUAUUCUUAAAUUAUACAACAAGGCAAUCAUCGUACAGUAAUAUAACUUACAAAGGAUGUGCUUUUGAUCGCACCCCAGUUUGCGAACUUUAUCCCAGAAAUCCUGCUUUACAAAAACAAAAAUGUAUUCAAUGCAGUGCUAAGCUUUGCAAUCCUGCAGGUACAUUCUCUUCAAGUAGUUUAACUGUGAUUGCUUCAAUUAUUGUAGUGACCCUGUACAAAGCUUUGAAUUUGUAAACAAAAAACUGUUGAAACUAAGAUCUGUUUCGAUUUUUAAAAUGUGUACCUAUUUAUAAUUUUUUUCUAAAUAAAAAUCGUGUAAUAAGAACAAACAAGAA